AUGUUCCCCGGAUUUCAGUGGCUUCUCGGCUACUUUUUCGAAUUUUGUAGUCGGUUUUUUUUAAGAGUUCUAAAUUAAUUCGUUUGUUCAGAAACCGCCCGGAUUGGUGCGGGAAAAGAGAAACAGAAGGCGACGAUUCGAACGCAACAACCCGGCGAAAUGGAGCCGAACACGAUGCUUGCCACCAGUGAGUGAAUUUGGCCUAAGAUUGGCCGAAAAUUUAAAAAAAAAACCGGCCAAUUGUUGCAGUCUGUGGCGCCCGUGGCCUGUACAUGAAGAACAAGACGAGUAUGGACGCAUUCGUGACUGUGACGCUCCAAGGAAAAGGCUCCCUCCGCAGUCGGUGCUCGACGGAAGCGGUCCCGACGGAAGGGGACUGUCGGUGGGACGAGGUCUGCGAAUUGUGAGUCACUUUUGAGCAGGACUGGGCAAAAGGCUUUUAUGAAGUACUGAACCUUCAAAACACGAUGAUUUUUGAGCCGAAUUUCUUACCGAAAUCGUGUCAUUUUGUAAUAACCCCCCAAUUUACCUCUUUGUUUUGCAGCAAACUGAGCGACAAAUUCAACGCGGUGUGUGUGGGCGUGUACGCGAAAGCGAAACUCGGAUCCGGGGAGCUCAUCGGAAAGUGCGAACUGGAACUGGAGAACGCACGCGCGCUCAACGGACAGACCAACUGGUUGCGACUCAAAAAGAAGGCGUCCGACGAGAAGUACCGGGGAGAAGUGCAGCUGAAAUUGGAUUUCAGCUACGAAAAACCGUCCAUGUCGAUCAGUUCGAUGUCACUUAAUCAGAUUGGAAACGAGCAGAAAGGUACUGGGGUGCUUAGGAUUUUUCUAGUCGCCCGGCCGCCAAAUUUGAAAAACGUUUGAGAUUUUCCAUUUUGCAGAAAGCGGUGGCGGCGGCGGAACGAGUCUCAUGUCGAAAAUGAAGCGAAAGAUCACGCAGGCGAAGAACGGCCACAAAAAGGCGGAGGACACGAUGUCGAUGGCGUCGGCGUGGAGUGCGACGAGCAAGACGAGCACCAAAUCGGGAAAGUUCUUUGGAAAACUGACGAAAACGCUCGGGCUGAAGGACAAAUCGGCGACGGCGGCAACCCUGCCGGCCGGCACCUUCCUCACACCGAUGGACAACCAUUUGGACACGCCGAAUGGGAUGUUCGAGACGGCCGCCAGUGGAAACGUCGGAAGGACGUCCCGGAAUUCCAGGUGAUUUUUGGGAUUUUUGAAUAUUGUCAAUAUUUCUUCGAUUUUUGCAGUUUCAACGUGUUCGACAACCUGAACGGCUCGCGUCCCUCGUCGGGAUUCGGCGGCGACGCCACGAAUCCGUUCGCCGAUUUGAUGUCUCCGGCGCCGAACGCCCGACAGACCCAGACGCCGACGGGCGGACGAUUCGGCAACGGAACGGCCACGUUGCCGCACGCAAUGACCUCGCCGGUGGUGAGUUUUUGAAUAGAGUUGUUUUCUUUUUCAAAAUUCACCUUCUCAGAUUGCUCCGACGGACGUGUUCCGCCGAUCGGGCAGCAUUAGAAGUAUGGCGUCGAGCGGAUUCGGAGGAUCCACCAAGAAUCAGGGACCGAAAAUGAUUAUCGAUCCGGGAAACUCGCAAGACUUGUUGGCCGUCAUUGACAGUCUGAAGUUGGAGUUGCAAGUGAAAGACUCGCGGAUGAAGGACAUGCAGGGCUAUAUGGAUAUGCUGGUGAGCGAGCAUUGGCAGAAAAAGCUUUUUCUGACUUUACCCAAACUGUAACCAGUUGUCAAGUUGUUCUAACUGUCUAAAUUACUUCUAAGGGUCAUAUUCGUUUACUGCAAAAAAAAAAUCAAAUUUUUGCAGAUCUCCCGUGUCAUGGAACGCAAUCCGGAACUGCUGGCGGCACAACAAAAGGAGAAGCCGAGAAUGCGAUUUUUCUAA